CAGUCGGGUCAGAGCUGGUGUCCACACCACUUUCUGCCGAGUCAUCGGGACAGACACGCGCCUCCUUCCCGGGACUGUGCGCUUCUCUCCAGAUCCGCUUAUCGUCAUCUUCGUCAGAGGACCGAGAUGUCAGACGCAGUGAGAAACGAACCGAGAGCACCGAGUGAUAGUCAGAGGUCUGAAACGAUCCACGUUACCGUCAGAAGUCUCACGGAGAGCAAAGACUUCACCGUUGAAAGAGGCUGCACUGCCAGACAGCUGAAAUGGGGUCUAGCAGAGCGCCUGGGAGUCCCGGCAGAUCGACUCGUGCUGAUCCAUUCCGGCCGGAUCCUCAGAGAGUCAGAACUCCUGAGUCACCUUAAAGCACAAGAUGGCUCAGUCAGCCUGUGCAUGAUCCAAAGGCUUCAGCAGUCGUCUGCUGCACCCACCCGUGAUCCAGCUUCAGAAGUGGUCCCGUCAGAGCUCACAGCCAUUCUGGAUCCUAACCCUGAUAUCGUCACACCAUCUCCCACCUCUCCCCUCUGCCUGGUGGAAGGUCUGGACAGUCUUGGCCUAUCAAACAGCGGACGUGGCUUCUUCCCCACGCUCCAGCGCCAGAUGGAGAGCCAGCUGCUGGCUGACCCAGAGAUGAUGCGCCAUGUCCUGGGCUGCCCCUUUGUGCAGAGCACCCUCUCCACCUCCAGCCCUCAACUAACCAGACAGCUCAUUCUGUCUAAUCCUCAAAUUCAGCAGCUCCUGCAAACUAACCCCGAGGUGGGAGAUAUGCUUAACAACACAGACGUCAUCACACAGGUGUUGGAGCUCGCCAGGGACCCUGACAUGAUAGAGAAAGUGAUGCGUAAUAAAGACAGAGUAUUUGGCAAUUUGCCGCCAGAGCAGGACAGCCCUGAAACCAUCACUGGUGAUUGUGAUGGCCUUCAGAAGACAGACACAAAAAGUCUCAAAUUAUCACAGAUCCAGAUAGGAGUGCCCCCGGCAGUGACUGCAUCAUCUGGCAAUCAAAAGCCAACUGAAAGAGAAAGCGAGCAGACUCCAACCCUCUCUGCUCACUCCACAGAUCCUCUCAGAGAAGUGACCGCCACGUCUGGAUCUGAUCCAAACCCUCAGAGCACUGCAGGAAUGCAGUCACUGCUAGAGGAGAUCACAUCCAGUCCAGGACUGAUGGAGAGCCUGCUGUCUGGGCCGUACGUCAGUAGUCUUCUGAAUUGCCUCAGCCAGAAUCCUGACCUGGCUGCACAGAUGCUGCUGAGCCACCCUUUGUUCUCAGGAAAUCCUCAGCUGCAGCAGCAGAUGAGACAGCAGAUCCCUCUCUUCCUGCAACAGAUGCAGAGUCCAGAGCUGCUGUCAGCCAUGUUGAACCCCAGAGCCAUGGAAGCUCUGCUACAGAUCCAACAGGCCCUACAGACUCUUGCUGCAGAGGCUCCAGCACUGAUACCAACGGCUGGGCUCGGAAACACUGGAGACAGUGUUAAUGCCUCCCCUGAGCUAGCAUCCGACCCUGUCCUUAACGGCCAAUCAGGAAGUGGUCCCGGGGUUGCCACGGUGACAGAGCAGCAGCAGCAGCAGUUUGUACAACAGAUGCUACAGGCACUGGCUAACAGCAAUUAUAGGGUCCGUAGCGAUGAGGCCGAGUUCCAGGAGGAGCUGGAGCAGCUGAGCUCAAUGGGCUUUAGAGACAGACAGGCGAAUCUUCAGGCCCUCAUCAGCACAGGAGGAGAUUUCACCACUGCUGUACAACUGCUCAGUCUCUGACACACACGCACACAGAUGUUGAUCUGUGCACAUAUACAUACGUAAGUGAAUGCACAGACACUUAAAUAUAAUAAUAAUAAUAAACUUAUCAUUGUUAAUGAUAAUGUGUGCUUUACACUAAAAAUGAACAUCAGAGACAUGCUAGCCAUAUUUAUAUUGCUGCACUUUCAAAGUUCCUUAACUCACCAUACUAACUUCAGUCUGCAGUGACAUGCACUGGUACAGAUCCGUGCAGGUACUCCAAUCCACCUCAUAUACGUAGACUUGUAGCAAUUGCAAACAUAUUCAGAGGCAGGUCAUGUAUUAUUAAUCUCUGUGCAACGCUAUGAAGCUCAGGCUCUUUUCAUCUUGCCACCUGGACAAUAAGGAAAGCCUGAAACAUGUAGAGACAGAUGUCAGUCAGAUGUCCCGGAAGUACACGGAGGAUCUGUUGUGUGCUGUUCCUGCCCUCCCUUGCUGCUCUUGUGCUGUAAAGAUCAGAAACACCAGAUCAUUAUAAAGUUUCUGUCUCUAAAGGUAGAUGCGGCUGAGGUGUGGAAAAUGGUGAGGUUGACUUUGUGCACAGCCAAAAGUGCUCACACAGGCACAGAAAUUCUGAUUUGCAGAGUUAAUCUUCUCAACACACUCUCUGAGGAGAAAGAUUCAAUCAGGACUGAAAAAAAUUUAGUCCAAAACUGAGGGAAAAAAAGAUUUUAACCCUUUUGGAACUUACAACACAACCUAUGAUGAUUAUGAUGAUUUACUUUUUAUUUACAUUGGUGAGGCUGUUCCUACAAACCCUUUGAACCUAAAUACCAUUCACUGCACUGACAAGUAAUACUUAAGCUUAUAUUCAACCUAUCUCCAGUAAAUACACCAUUCCAAGGAGUGGCUGCACUUUGUAUCCCUUUGAAUUUCACUCUUUCACUCAUCUAGCUGACUUGUGGAUCUGAUGUUAUCAGCAAAACAGUUGAAUGCUGUUCUGUUAUUGACUUUUUUUGUGUAUUAUUUUCAUUAUCAAUUAAUCUGCAGGUAUUUUUCAUUUAUGAUUAAAAUAAUUGUAAUUUUAGCCUAUAAAUUGUAAGAGAAUUGGGGAAAAUCUCUAUCACAACUUCCUACAGUCAAGAUUACUACAUUUGAGAAGCUGCAAACACAUAUUAAUGUUGUACACAGAGUUGGUGUAGUGAUCAUCAAUAAAGUCAAAAGCAAACUG